UUUUUUUUUUAUUUUUUUUUUAUAUAUAUAUAAUCAUCAUGAAGAAAUCACUCUUGAGUAUUGUUGCCGUUCUAGGUACCGUAUUUGCAUUACCCACCAAAAUUGAUAAUAAUCUUGGUACCAAAACCUUUGUCAGUCAAAAUAUUGCCAAUCAUACUUUGACAUACAAACAACCCAAACUAUGUGAUGAAACUGUGGUUCAAUACUCUGGUUAUUUAAAUGUCGGCACUAAUGAACAUUAUUUCUUCUGGUUCUUUGAAAGUCGACAAAAUCCCGAUAGUGCUCCUUUCACUGUGUGGUUAAAUGGAGGACCUGGAUGUUCUUCAAUGAUUGGUUUAUGGCAAGAAUUAGGUCCAUGUCGAGUCAAUAAUGAUGGUUCUCAAGCUAUCUAUAAUGAUCAAGGUAGUUGGAAUCAAGUCUCUAAUAUGCUCUUCUUCGAUCAACCUUCCAAUGUCGGAUUCAGUUACGGUGCUGAUAACGUACAUUCCACUGCUGAAGCCGCUCCAUUGGCCUACAACAUGAUUCAAUUAUUCUUCGAAGCCUUCCCCAAGUAUCAAAAGUUACCUUUCCACUUCUUUGGUGAAUCUUAUGGUGGACAUUACAUUCCUUCCUUCGCUGAUUACGUAUUGAAACAAAACCAAGGUUUGUCUUCAUCAUCCAAGAGCAUUCCUAUCAACUUGCAAUCCAUCGGUGUUGGCAAUGGUCUCACUGAUCCAUUGAUUCAAUAUCAAUACUAUGAAAAAAUGGCAUGUGAUUCAUCUUAUGGUUCUGUUCUUUCUGAUAGUGAUUGUCAAAAAAUGAACGCUAGUUUACCUCAAUGUGUCAAAUUAGCUCAACAAUGUUAUGAUUCUGGCAGCCUCGAUGAUUGUGCCAAUGCCGAUGAUUUCUGUGGUACCAAUGUGGAAGGCGUUUACGACAACUCUGGUAAAAGUUAUUAUGAUGUUCGUACCAGUGACAGUCUUCCUAGCACAUAUAUCAAAUUUUUGAACUCUGCAUCCACUCGAUCCACCAUUGGUGCCACCCGAUCUUAUCAAGAAUGUUCCAAUUCUGCAGGAGCCAAAUUUGGUAGUACUGUGGAUGAUAUCAAGAACUUUGCACCCAACGUGGCCGAUUUAUUGAACAAUGGUGUACGCGUAUUGCUAUAUGCUGGUGAUGCUGAUUAUAUUUGCAAUUGGUAUGGUAACUAUGCAUGGGCCGAUCAAUUGGAUUUCAAUGGAAGUAAAGAUUAUCAAAGUGAUUCUUUGAAAGGUUGGAAUGUCGGUGGCAAAGAAGUGGGUCAAGUUCAAUCUGGUGGUAAUUUGACUUUUGUCCGUGUUUAUGAAGCCGGUCAUGAAGUUCCAUGGUAUCAACCUGUAGCAGCAUUACAAAUGUUUACUGAUCAUGUCAACAACAAACCCAUCCAAUGAUGAUGAUGAUUUCUUAUCAAUAUAUGUUUUAUUUCAAAAUAUAAAA